AUGGAAGAAAAUGUCCACCAGAAGCAAGGAAAUGUAGUAUCACACGACUCAGCUAUCAAGAGCAUUGAGAUUCAACUAGGAAAAAUAUCCAUGGCCCUUAACAAUCUGCCUCAAGGGACAUUACCUGCGGAUACACAUGUUAACCCGAUAGAGCAGGUCCCGGAGAAGUUGAUAGUUGUUAGUCUGAGAAAUGGUAGAGACCUUGAUAUAGAGCAACAAAUUUCUCGCGAAAGCCGACCAACCGAGAGACUCGUGCCAGUACCAAUUGAGGCUGAGGAAGUACAAGAGAAGGCAUUAGAAAAAGUGCCCGAGCAGGAUCAAACUCAAGUCACAGGAAAGAAGCGACCUCCAGCACCCUUCCCACAGAGAUUGGCCAAAUAUCAGAAGGAUGAGCAGUAUAAUAAAUUCAUGGAGAUGUUGAAGCAAAUCCAGGUGAACAUUCCAUUGAUUGACACCUUGAGGGAGAUGCCUGGGUUAGGCAUUGGAAGAGCAAGACCCAUAUCCAUGUUACUACAGUUAGCCGACCGAACGGUAAAGAGGCCAUUAGGUAUACUUGAUGAUGUACUGGUGCAUGUUGGAAAUUUUAUGUUUCCGGCAGAUUUUGUCAUUCUGGACUGCCGGGUUAACGAGGAGAUUCCCAUAAUUUUGGGAAAGCCAUUCUUGGUCACUAGGAGAGCUCUAAUUGAUUGUGAAACUAGUGAUCUAAAGAUGAGACUGAACAAUGAAGAGAUAACGUUCAAUGUGCAGAAGUUUAUGCAGUGA